CUCCGGGUCUGCUGCCUGCAACUUCUCGUCGACGCACCACUUGAGAGAGUAUUUCGGACUGGAUACAGAAAGCAGCAGAACAUGGCUCUCUUGCAAACAACGUUUCUCCCGCUGUUCCUCCACAUGUGCCUCCUCAGCUGGAGCGCGUGGGCCAAGGUGGAGCUGACUAUGCAUGAGAGUGUUGAGGUGUACCUGGGUGACUCGGCUCAGAUCCCCUGCCAGUACAGCUUCACUGACGCCAACAACGAGCCCAGCUUUGUCAUGAUCCAGUGGUUUGUGAAAUCUGUGGGCAACAGCUCCCGGAUGCGGAUCUUCUACGGUGAUGGCAGUCAGCAGAUGGUGGACAACAACACGGACUACACCGGACGCAUCGAGGUGACUUCAGACCAGCAGGGAACUCAACUCAUCAUCCAAGAUGUCCAGCUCUAUGACGAGAGGGAAUUCUUCUGCCAGGUUAACGGGCUGGCCGCCGGGAACGCUGAAGGCAAGACCCACCUCAGGGUGUUUGCUCCUCCAGAGGCUCCAGUGAUGGAGGGUGUCCUUACUGGGAUAUCUGUGACCAAUGAGGUGCCAUCUAAGGUCGCAUCAUGUGAAGCUCGGAACGGCUUUCCUAAACCCAACAUCACCUGGUACAGGAACAGCAUGCCGCUGAUGUCGGCACCUGGACAUGUGAACGUGUUGAUCCUGGUGACCCGGGAGUCCAGCGGCUUCUACUCUGUCCAGAGUACGCUGGAGUACAAAGUGGCUAAGGAGGACAAGGAUGCCCAUUUCUCCUGUGAGGUCAGCUUCUUCGUCCCCGGAGCCAUCAGGACAGUGGAGUCCAACAGCAUCAACGUCACUAUUCACUACCCCACCACCAUGGUGGAGCUGUGGAAGGAGUCGCCCCAGGGCUUGGUCAAAGAGGGGGAUACUGUGGAGCUGCGUUGCCAGGGUGAUGGCAACCCCCCGCCGCCCUUCAUUUUCAACAGAGAACAAGAGCCAGAUGUGGACUUGGAGAGCAGCGGCGAUGUGUUGAUGCUGUCACCAGUGUCACGGAAAGACAGCGGCAUCUAUCAGUGUCGCCCCCUGGACUCCGACGGCUACACCGACGUCAAAGGGGAAAUGCAGCUCACCGUGCACUACUUGGACCCAGCUGUGGUCGUACCUAAAGACUCAGAGGUUAUGCUCAAAGGAGAAGAUCUGACUGCAACCUGCAACGCUCUGUCCUCCCUGAAAACAUCCACUGUUUGGUACAAGGAUGGAAAGCAGGUGGGCUCGGGGAACACACUGCACCUGAAGGACGCCUCCUAUGAAACAACAGGAGAGUACAUAUGUGAGGUGACCGUUCCCUCCCUGCCUGCCCUGCACACCAGUGGCUCUGUGCACAUUAUCGUCCAAGGUGGUCCUCAGCUGGUGGGAGCGGAGCAGGAGGUGCAGCUGGAGGAGGCGACAGGCAGGAUGGUGAACCUGAGCUGUGAGGUUCAGGGUCAUCCGCUGCCCAGCAUCUCCUGGAGCAUCAUCGGCAGCCAGAUCUGGCACGAGGUGGUGAACAAGGCGACCGAGCACGUGACCCACAGCGUGGUGUCGGUCAAAGUCACCUCAGACAUCAGUGCUCUGUGCAACGCUUCCAACGACAUGGGCACUGAAGUCAAAGCUUUCAGCGUCAAAGCCAUUCCCAGAGUCACCUCAGCUGCUCCCUUCUCUCCCGCUGAGGGCAGUGGGGUGAUCAUAGUGGUGAUCAUACUGUGUCUGCUGCUGCUGGCCAUCCUCGGCAGCGUGCUCUACUUCCUGCAUAAGAAGGGGAAGAUCCCGUGUGGACGCUCAGGGAAACAGGAGAUCAGCACCAAAGAGAAGACCACCAAAGAUGACAUUGUCGUGGAGAUGAAGACCAACACAAAGAAUGAGGAAGCUGUCCUCCUAAAGGCCGUCAACGGAGACAAAAAGGGCCCCAAUGACCAGUAAAGCCCCUGACGGCUCAGCAGUGAUGUUGUGCAGCAGGAGGCAGGACACAUGAAGCCAGCAGUCAGUCAGUCAGUGUGUGUGAGACGCUCCCACUGAUCUGAGACCUGCAGGGUAACACCACCAUCUCACAGUCCGGACAUUCCCACCCAUCAUGCUUUGUUCUCAGCAGUAUUCAGUAGAUUUACACAACCACACACACACACACACACACACACACACACACACACACACACACACACACACACACACACAUUACACACAGACACACUCAAACACACAGGUAUGUAUGUACAGAUGUGUAUUUUCUUUCAAACGAACGUUCGCUUCCUCGACAUUCAGUUUGUUUUGUACUGUUUCCUCAAACAGCUCUUGGCUGGUGUUCAGUGUGUGUACGAUGGUGUCUCAUGUGCAUCAUCUUUUUUUUUCUCAAUGAAAGUGUAUAUAUUAUAUAUAUUUUGUUAUUUAAGAUAUUUUGGCACUCAGAUUUUCAUUUCAUGGUAGCGUCUGGGUCAUGUGCAUGUUGAUCCGUGUUCAUGGGUCCAGGUGUGUUUUGAGACGGGACAUGAUGUCAGAGACCAAACGCCAGCCGUUCCUCUGCGGCGGCUCCUUACUGUUGGUUCACAGUCGCACUGAGAGAAGGCAUGUCAGUGUGUUUGCUUCACUUUGAUUUUUGAUUGACACCAAUAUUUGUAGAAAUUGAUUUUAAGAUUUACCAAAUGCUGAGGCAUUUCCUCCAGAACUGAUGUCAUCGCAGGAAAAUCAUGAUGUUAUCUGUAAAAGCUGUCGGUCAGACACACUGGCAGCCACAGAUAUAGUAACAUAGAUGCCUCAUUGGCUGCUGGAUUGUACGUCAGCGGCGAUGCCAUAUUGUAGAAGGCAAGACCAGCCUGUAAACAAAUGUCAGUAAACAGAAGAGGAUAAAAAGCUCUAUAACUUUAAUAUUUAUUAACCAAUUGCAAUGAGUUGUUUUUAUGUUUAUGGGUUUAUGACAGGGAUACUCAACUUGCUUUGCUUGAGGGCCACUUUUGAAAAAAUGACCUUAGGCCAGGGGCCAGUCACAGCAGCCCUGCAUAGAUCAGGGGCAUUUCUAGGAUUUGAGGCCCAGGCCUCUGUCGGGGGUCCGGGGAAUCCUUCCUUGGCACUUUCUUUGAUAAACAAGCUCCGUUCUGAUGUUUAUUACACACCCUGGAGCCUUAUUUACAGUAAAACUACAACAGAAUUAUUUUCAUUGUGAAUUAGAAAAUGGUUGGGGGGCCACCUGGCACCCUAUCUGGCCCACAGGUGUAAGUUGAGUAUCACUUGUUUGCAGUCAAUUUUAAUCUCUAUCUUUAGGCUAUAAUCACUGCUGGACGCUCAGUAAAAGAGUCUGUGUUAGGCUUACAUGAACUGAAUUACUUACCUGGUGAUAAAUAAUUAAUUGUCAAUUGGAAAUUUAAAAACUCAUUUGUCAGACAUGGAUUUGACUUAUUUUCCUUGGUUGAAUAAUUACGGAGACAUCCCUUUAUAAUAUAAUAUAUAUUAAUGUGGAAGUAGAUAGGGGUGAAAAUCACCAGAGGGCCCAUGAUAUGAUAUUAUCACAAUACUUAUUAUUAUAAUUUUAAAUAUGUUGCGAAAGGUGAGUGUCGUGAUAAAAUAUGGCACGAUUUAUUUCCUUUUUUGCUGUUUAACUGAUUACAAAAGUUUUUGCUGCAAAAUUUAUCUAUUGGACAAAUCAAGUUUUAUUUGUCAUAUUAUUAAUUUUUAUAAUAGAAAAUCAAUACUUGACACUAUGUGACAGUACGAUAUUGCCACACAAAAUAUCGCAGUACUUUGCUGUAUUGAUUUUCCCCCACCCCUAGAAGUAGACAACUUUUAACUUGCUAGCGCGCUAGCUAACUAGCAAGCUACCACUGUCUGCUUAUCAACUGAUUGAUCAUAACAGAAUUAUAUUAACUUUUACCACAGCUUAUUUUAGAAAGGCCAUCACAAGAAAACUUAUUUUUUGUUCAUGUUAUAUAAUGUGCAAUUAGUUUGUUCCCAUCUACACCCAGGUACAAGAAAAUGAAAAGCUUGCCAACAUUAGCACGCUAGCUACGUUAGCACGCUAGCUAUGUUAGCUAUAGCUAAUUGCUGGCAGCCAGAAUCAUCAGAAACAUCUAUGAUCUGCUGUCUGUUUAAUAAACUAAGCCAGUGAUUCUCAUUUUUUACACCAAGUAUAACCUCAUUAAAUAGAAUAAAAUAAAACAUCAAAUAAGUCUCUCUAAGUACCAUAACUACGCCAGAGAUUAAUACACAGUAGCGCAGGCCCUUCCUAUUCAGCCAAGGACAGUUCACAUAGGAGGCGGGUUUAUUAUACAUUACAGGACAUAUAGGAUAAUAACUAUCACCUAAUCACAUUUAUUUUACCUCCACUUAACUAUCUUGCCAUCAAAGCUUAACUGGCAACUAAACACAGACGUAUGCGCGCGCUACAUUCAUGAACAUUACCGGUAUCAAUACCAAAAUAAUACAGGAAAGGCAAAUCUUAUUUUAAAUUACAUUUCAGUAUUUUCAUUUGAUAAAUUGAUUAUUUUUUGAAUGUAUAUAUAUUUUGGAGAUUUUUCUGGAAACUUGGUUACCACCAGGGCCACACACCGUAGUUUGGGAAGCAGUGAUCUCAAUAAACAACAUGUUUUCCUGCAGUGUCUUUUCUAAAAUGAGCUGUGGUGAAAGUUACUAUUUUCUGUGAUGAUAAAGAAGUUGAUAAGCGAACAGCAUUUGCUGGCUAGCUGAAAAGUUGUCUACUUCCAUUUUAAAUUAUUUUAUAUUAUAAAGAGAUGUAACCACAAGUAUUUAACCAAAGGAAAAUAAGUCAAAUCCAUGCAGACAAAUGUGAGUUUUUAAAAUCACUCAUUACAGGUAAUUUAGUUCAUGUUAGCCAAACACACACGACUCUGCUGAGUGUCCAGCUGUGAUUAUAGCCUGAAUAUUGAGAUUAUAAUUAAAUGAAGACAAAUUUUUUUCCUCUACAGCACGUAGAUCAUAAACCCAUGAAUAUAGAAACGACUCAUCGCAAUUGGUUGAGAGAUAUAAACAUUAUAGAGCUUUUUAUCCAGCUCCUCUGUUUACUGUCAUUUGUUUACAGGCUGGUCUUGCGGUCUCCAAUAUGGUGGCGCCGCUGACGCAUUACUGCAACAGGCUGACACAGUCAGUGCGGCGUCUAUGUCUAUAUGUCUACGCUGACAACCUUCUUCUGCAAACUGCUGUCAAGCCCUCAUACUGUUUGUAAAUACAUGUAGUGUACAGACCUGCUAGUGGUGGCCUUGGACUGUAACUGAGGGUGAAAAGGUCAAAGGUUAGUGAUCUGCUGUGCCUGUUUUUGCAUCAUACACUGAAUUUGUUUUCUUCCUUUGGUUUGCUCUGUGUGUUUUCUUUGUGUUUCCACUGAGAGCUCGUCGGGCCUGGAGAAGCGCUCCAGUGUUUGUGUGUGUUCGGAUGUUUACUGCUCAUUAAACACACGCAGACCUGCUGACCGUUUGGUUUCUAGACUUUACAUUGCAGUUUGUUUCUGUGCAGUUUGAGAAGAAACUGGCAGACAGCUUCGCUCAGAUAAUCCAUCACUGGGAACAUUUAGUUUCCUGUUCAAAGUUAGAAUAUUAUUCCAUCCAUGGGGAUUUACUGCGGAUUGAUUUGAAAGGUCUGCUCUGCAUGAAACUGUCAUGAAUCUUUCACAACGACACAAGUAGACGUGGACGUUCUUGUCUGUGAUGGAUUACUGAACUCUGAGCGUAAAGUACCAGCUGUGGAACAUAGAAAUACGACAUCUCUCCCCAGUUUGUCGUGUGUUAUCACUGCAUUCAAUUAUUGUAACAUUCAAAUCACAGAGCUGAACAUCUGGAGCUGCUUUUUGCAGAACGAUAAAUCUCCAAUGAUCUUUGAAAAACCUAGAAAGUUGGUAAAUACUCAGUUUUGAAGGUGUUUCCAGAAUCUUUAAAGACUCUUCCAGCCAGCUGUAUCAACAACAUAUUCCAAUUCUUUACCCAUAAUCUAAGAUGCAUCUGUAUUUCCUGAAACUGUUAUUCUUAAUUAUUUUUCUCAAAGUGGGCGCUACUCAUGCUGGGGUCCACACAAAAACAACAAUCUAAAAACUGACAACAUUUAAAAAAUAAUUCAACACACACUAUAAAAUAAUAGACAAUAAAAACUUAGAGUUAAAAUAAGAAAAAGGAGUAAAAAGUUUUCAAAACAAAGUAAGAUUUACAUAAUUUUUCAUUAUUAUUAUUAUUUUUUUCAUACACAAUAGGUUUAUAUUUUUUUCUUGCAUUGUACAAAACAGGCGAGGUGCUAUUUCAUUUCUGGACACUAUUUUAGGGGAAAAAAGAUUUACAUUUGGGAAAAAUGUGUUUAAUUUAAAUUUAAUUUAAACAUUUAUACAUUAAGAAAAAUUUGUUUAAAAUAUUAACAAAAUAAAUGGAGUAAAAAUUAACAUUUUCCAAAACAAAUUAAGAUUCAUUUUAUUUUCCAUUAUCGUAUAUUUUCAUACACAAUAGGUUUAUAUUUUUUCUUGUGUUGUACAAAACAAGCAAGAUGCUAUUCAAUUUGCGGACACUGUUUUAGGAAAAAAUCUGUUUAAACUAUUAAAUAUUGUGUACAGACAGUUUUUUUAAUUCUUAAGGGGAGAAAAAAAAUACAUUUGGGAAAAAAAUGUUUAAAACAUUUAAAUAUAAAAGGAGUAAAAAAAAAAUGUAUAAAAAAAGAAAAACAUAAAACAGUUUCCGAAACAAAGUAAGAAAAGAGAAUUCUGCUUAAAAUUCCAAAUAUUGUGCACAUACGGAUUUUUUAAAAAUCCUUGGGAAUCCUUAGGGGAGAAAAUGAAAAAUUACAUUUGGGAAAAAAUUGUUUCAAUAUUUAAACAUAAAAGGAGUAAAAAAAUAAAUCAAACCUUUUUUAAGUUACAAUAUCCUAUAUUUUCAUAAACAACAGGUUUUAUAUUUUUUCUUGCAUAUUACAAAAUGGACAAGAAGCUGUUUAAUUUGUGGAUACUGUUAUAGAAAAAGAAAUUGCCGUUUCACAGAUGUUUUUUUGUUGUUGUUUUUUAAUCCUGGCGAGUAAAAGAGUCUUUGAAGAGUCCUAAAACACCUUCAGAUCAGCAGGAAGUGUUUUUUAAAUCUCAUCAGGGGUUUAUUUUACUGCAAAAAGUAUAUUUGAAUGUCAUGAUAAUAGAAGAGAGUCACAAACAAACAAAGGUUAACUAGCUAACCUUCAGGAUGCUGACAAAACCAGUCAGUACAUUUAAAGUAAACCAUCUGAAACACGCAUGGACCCUGGUGACGCUCCCUCACAGGCCCGUGUUGUGAAUAUGAUGUUCUGAUUGCUCACCGUGUAGCUUAUUGUGAAAAGAGACAUUUCGUUGCUGAGAGCGCCACGUUUGCCCAGAUGACUUGCAACAUUAACAAAGUAGUGAUGUUUCCUGUUUUCUUUUUUUUUUUUACCACUGAGUUGAAAUUGUAUAAAUAUCCAGGUACAGGACGUCCUCAGGCCAGACGUGUCCUCCUGUGCAGGGCCAUGCUGUCGUUAGGGUGUAGAGACGCUGCACAAAGCCAUGACACCAACCGUCUGCAGGGUGCAGCCAAGCAUUUCUGAUUUGAUCCAUACAUCUGCACCUCUGUUUAAUACGACUUCAAAUACAGUUUUUGUUUGGAUUUUUCACCAGUGGGAAAACAUGUUAACCGAACACUAUGUUCUUUUUUUUUCUUCGAAAUGUGUGUAAAUUAAGUCCUGUACAUGUGAUUCUUUGAUGCUUGCGUUUUUUUAUAUUUUUUGCAAGAAAAUAAUGCCAAAUAAAAACGUUUCAUUUAAAUGGAGACUGUUUUUCUAUCAUUAUAAAAUCAUCACUGCAGAGCUAUGAAAGAGCUCUUUGCUUUCUCUUUGUUGUCUUUUGCCCAAAGGCUCAGUGUGAACCAGAGCAGCAGCGGGUUCACUGUGCUCUCUGUUAGCGCUGCUCAGUCCCACAGUGAGGAGACAGGAAGUGGCGCUGCCUCCAAACCGCUGUCAGUACGAGCUGGAAAUGACUCCAACAGUAGCUCAGGUUUCCAGCUGCAGUCUGGAGGGAGGAAGGACAAAAGCUCACAUCUGCAACGAAUUCAGGCACCUCAGAGCCGCCCCUCUGCUGCAAAACAUAUCAGCUAGUCUCUGUACAUUUGGUGUGAAGAGGACGACCCCAGGUGAAGACCACAGGUUUAUCUCUGAGAUAAAGUUUAAAACAACACUACACAGUGGUAACAGCAGUUCGGUUGCUGCUUUUAUUUUGCAUUCCCCUUAUGAGCGCUUCACACUUUUGGCCCCGUGCACCGCCAACGCAGUGUUUCACAGCGAUUGAACCACCAACCCUGGGAUUAGUGGCUGACCUGCUCUACCUCUGUGUUCUGGACAGCCGCUAUGUUACAACCCCAGUUCCAAAAAAGUUGGGACGCCGUGUAAAACAUGAAUAAAAGCAGAAUUCAGUGAAUUGCAAAUCUUUUCUGAC